AUUAUGAAUGGUGGAAUGAAAAUGAAACAUUCGUAUAUCAUUGUACUGAUGCUUUGCAUCUUCUGUUUAAGCAUAUACGCAGAACAAAAUGACACUGCACAAGCUGCAUUUGAAAACGUGAUUUCUGAUUUAUUGAAAACUAUUGGUUCAGUCAUACAAAACUCAAGCUAUCCAGACGUUGCCAACAUUGAUUUACAAACACUUUUCAACAACGGGAAAGGAUCCAAUGCUCUGGGCCCAAUUAUUCAAACUGUUACUGGAUUACUAUUUCCGGGGAGAACACACGAUGACAAUGCCCCGGUGGACCUAGCCGUACUGACGUCCAUUGCCUCGUCGUUGACGCUACAGAGCUUGGGUGUGUCUCCAGGAUGUAGCAACGACUUGAUGCUACUACUGCAAGGACUGAUGGAUAGAGACGCAUGGGCUUUGACAGUCUUAGACGCAUUUGGAAAACCUGACAGCGGUAUGUUGCAGGGUCGAAUCUGGUUCCCUGGCGGAUUUGAUGAAUGUCAAGACGUGGAUGCCAUUGUUUACAACAACGCCACAGAGGCGACGGACCAAUUUAAGGGCAAAUAUUGCCGUCUGGAUAUACCCACUGGCAGGCCCUCGUUUGUUCCAGGAGUCGAGAAUUCGAUUCGAGUUGGUAUAUGUGUGUCAGACAGAUGCAACGUAGCAGACCUUAACAAUCUGAUUGAAACAGUACAAAGAACAUUUUUGAAUGGGACUACCAAUGCAGACAUAACAGCAGUGUGUGAUGAGCCUUUGCGGCUCGGAUCUGAUGCUAUUGGAUGCAUAUGCUUCCUUGCUGUAUUAGGAGCUUUCAUAUUGUUUGGAACACUGUACGAUAUCCUUGCUGUCCAAAUGAAAGUAAAGACGAAGGACAAUUCAUCUGAAAUACAACAUAGGCUUACGGUUGUUUCGGGUAUUUCCUAUGUAAAUAACGCAUUUGCGGGAAAAGAAAAUGGCAACGUUCCUCACGACCAAGAGAAGGAACUACCUCCAGUGUAUACAAUGAAGGCUGACAACCAUGUAAACACCGACACACCAAUCAUUGAACCUGUCUCGAACCAACAAAGCCAGGGAACGAUGGAAAGGAUCUUGCUUGCGUUUUCCGUCUACAGCAAUGGUGGUAAGAUCCUGAACACCGACCAGAGAGAGGGGUCUCUUGGGGCCCUGAAUGGUAUCAGGUUCUUGAGUAUGGCCUGGGUUAUCCUUGGGCAUACUUUCAGCUUCCCCAUAGGACUUAGUGCAAAUAUUUUGAAGUUUGCCUUUGACCAGGAAUCUUACGUAUCUUUCUGUGCCAUUAUGUACGCGACCGUCUCAGUUGACUCUUUCUUCACCCUGAGUGGCGUCUUAGUGGCAUACCUGACCUUGCGAGAAUUGAAGAAAGUGGGUGGAGCAAAUCGACUCAAUUGGCUCAUGUUCUAUUUCCAUAGAUUCUGGAGACUGACUCCGCCCUAUAUGCUGGUAUUAAUGUUUGGAACGGUGCUAUCUCCAUAUUUGAUAAAUGGCCCGCUACGCCUUACCCAUGACUUGCCUUCAAUGGGGGAAUGUCGCCAUACCUGGUGGACCAAUCUACUAUAUAUCAACAACUACGUGGAACUGGACCACAUGUGUAUGGGAUGGAGCUGGUACCUGGCUAACGAUAUGCAGUUUUACAUCAUAAGUCCACUGAUUCUCCUUCCACUCUUUUAUAAUGUGGUGGCCGGGGCAAUAUCGUGUCUCGUGUUUCUCUCGGCCUCGUUGGCUGCACGAUGGGUUAUCGCGUACCAGCAUGAGUAUCCUGUGCAGGGCAUGCUGCCGGACGCACCGCAACCAAUUGAUGGAAAUUCUUGGAAGAUGCAAUAUGCCCCAAGCUACUCCCGGCUCGGACCUUACAUAGUGGGGCUAUUUGCGGGCUACCUGCUCUAUAAAACAAAAAGAAAACUAAAAAUCCCAAAGUCGCUCAACCUGUUGCUGUGGUUCUUGAGCUUUGCCACAUUCUGCCUGGUGGUAUAUGGACCAUACUCACGAGACGGUAACCACAUAUUCAGUUUAGAGGAGUCGUCGGCCUACACCGCUCUAUCUCGCACCGCCUGGGGCGUGGCUCUUGCCUAUCUGAUAAUCGCAUGCUGCACCGGCCACGGAGGUUGGAUAAACGAGUUGCUGUCGUGGCGGGGAUUCAUACCAUUGAGUCGCCUGACUUACUGUGCCUACCUUAUACAUCCUCUGGUUAUGAUAACUUUCUACUCAAGCAGACGACAGCUCACAUACUUCACACACUUUGAACUGAUCUACCUGUUUCUUGGUCACAUGACUUUGACCUACGGGUUGAGUUUCAUUGUGUCCCUCGUGUUCGAGGCGCCCAUGAUGGGGUUGGAGAAAGCAGUCCUCAGAAAAGGCAGUAAAUAGGUGGAAGUCGGAAACAUGACAACUACAAGGACUGAUGGGUAGAAUGGGGUAUACGAGCAUUAAGAAUGGUGAUCUGCUAUUGCUUUGAUUUUUCUUUAAUCCUUAUCGAAUAAUGCAGAAUGUAUGUAUGUUGACCUUUUAAUGUUUACUUUGUACUAUUUUGGAAAAAUAAAUGAAAUGAGAUAAUA